AUGCGUCAGUGGGGAUACACCGAAUGGGUGAGCUUGACGGCGGGAGUUACCCCCAAGAGAAUCCACUCGCAUAACGAUUACGAACAACCCGCGCCCCUGUUGAAAGCCCUCAGUUAUGGGGCAGCGAGCGUGGAAGCGGACGUAUGGCUUGUUGAGGAUGAAUUACUGGUGGGACACACAGAGUCGGAGUUGUCUUCGAACAGGACCCUAUCCUCGCUUUAUCUAGACCCAUUACAAGAUCUUAUCCGCAUAGCGAACUUGGAUAGGGAGGACGAUGGAGUGUCCAGAGGGGUUUUCGACACUGCACCGAAAUUAUCCUUGCAAUUGCUCAUCGAUCUCAAGACAGACGGCUCCGAGACGUUCAACAAAUUAUACGAAUAUCUAGAGCCCUUACGAUCUGCUGGGUAUCUGACCACCGUCGUGCCCGCCAGUCCAUAUCCGAUCUUCUCGCCCUCCGUCGUAACCGUUAUCGGAACAGGGAAUACGCUCCUCUCGUCGGUCCUCGAGCUGGGGAACAACAGCGCUCGCAGGCGGGACAUCUUCUUGGACGCGCAGCUCCUUGACUUGGUCUCACCCAAUGCGGCGCUGAGAGCACUUGAUGCAUAUAAGCCGUCGGUGAGCCCUCUUGCCAGUGCCAAUCUUCAAGAUGUAGUAGGAUGGAGUUGGGUUGUGCCUUGGGUCGCAAGGAGGCGCGUCCGGACGUUGGUAAAUGCUGCGCACGAGAAGGGUGUACAGGUGAGGUUUUGGAACACGCCGAGCUCCCCGGUAUGGUUCAGGAAUCUUGUUUGGCAGAUGCUAUUGGAUGAAGGGGCGGACUGGCUGAAUGCGGACGAUCUGCCUGCUGCAGCACGCUUUUGA